CGCCGUCCUCGAAAGGAGGCAGCGCAGCGCUGCAAGUAAGCAUCCGGCGACGAGGGCAGCGCAGCUACUCGCGGACUUUUCUCGGCCGGCGGCGGCGCGAUUGGCGUUUCACUCUCGCGUUCCCAUUUAGCCGGCUCCCCAUUGGCCGACUCCGGCGCUGGCAUAGCGGUGUCGCCACUAUAGUUAAAAUGAAAGGCGCUUAUAAUUGUUGUCUAUAAUAUCGGCGCUGCGAGACUCGGGAGAGCGCGGCAAACCGUACUAAAUUUGAGAAUGAUAGUUUCAGUGUUUCCUGAACGGCUGUCAGCGCUAGGCAAACUUGAGGAGAAACGAGCCGUGCUGGGCCACGAGUACAGGCAUACCGCGCGCGCCGGAUGACCGCGCGAAUCGAAUCGAAAUACUGUUUUGCCAGCGCAGCCGAGCGCAGUCGUACAGGCAGCAGACGGCACAAGUAGUGGGCCUGCCUCUCAACUCGAUUCGACGAGACAGCGAGACUCGCUUGGCUCAGUGCAGUGCGCUGGGGUUUCGGCUGGAAACCUCCGGAGGAGAGCUUGGACCGCACGGAAUCGCCGCAGCGCCAUGAGGCUGAACGCAGUGCCGAGGCCGGCGGCGACGGCCCUACUGCUGGUCUGUCUGGCCGCGUUGCUGUUGGCCGACCACACGGAAGGCGCCAGGAAGAGAUUCCGCAGACCGACGACGUCGCGGCCGUCGCUUUCCAACGACCAGGAGGUGUCGGCUAGCGUCAACAGACUGAAGCUGACGCGCAACCGCAUCAGCAACAAGAGCACGAAGAACGAGCUGCAGUCGAGCAAAGGAGCUACCGAGGACUACAAGAUCGUCUGCUACUACACCAACUGGUCGCAGUACCGCACGAAAAUCGGCAAGUUCAUGCCGGAGGACAUUCAGCCGGACCUCUGCACCCACAUCAUAUUCGCCUUCGGCUGGCUCAAGAAGAACAAGCUGACGAGCUUCGAGUCGAACGACGAGACGAAGGACGGCAAGGUCGGGCUUUACGAGAGGAUCAUUGGACUGAAGAAGGCCAAUCCGUCGCUCAAGAUUCUUCUGGCCAUCGGUGGCUGGUCCUUCGGCACGCAGAAGUUCAAAGAAGUCUCUUCGACGAGAUACGCGCGACAGACUUUCAUUUACAGUGCCAUACCGUACCUCCGCGAGCGAGGCUUCGAUGGAUUGGACAUGGAUUGGGAGUACCCGAAGGGCGGCGACGACAAGAAGAACUUUGUCCUGCUGCUCAAAGAGCUGCGCGAGGCGUUCGAAGCCGAGGCGCAGGAGCGCAAAAAGCCCCGUCUCCUGCUGACAGCCGCUGUGCCAGUGGGCCCGGACAACGUGAAGAGCGGCUACGACGUCCCGGCCGUUGCCAGCUACCUGGACUUGAUAAACCUGAUGGCCUACGACUUCCACGGCAAGUGGGAGAGAGAGACCGGGCACAACGCUCCCUUGUACGCCUCGUCCUUGGACUCGGAGUGGCAGAAACAGCUGAGCGUAGACAACGCGGCCUCGCUGUGGGUGAGACUCGGCGCGCCCAAAGAGAAGAUGGUCAUCGGCAUGCCGACUUACGGCCGCUCCUUCACUCUCUCGAAUCCCGACAAUUUCAAGGUCCACGCGGCAGCCAGCGGCGGCGGCAAAGCCGGCGAGUACACCAAGGAGUCGGGCUUCCUUGCUUAUUACGAGAUCUGCGAGAUGCUGCUCAACGGAGCCGCCUACAUCUGGGAUGACGAGAUGAAAGUGCCGUACCUCGUGCAUCACGACCAGUGGGUCGGCUUUGACGACGAAAGAUCCAUCAGGAACAAGAUGCGAUGGCUGAAGGACAAGGGAUACGGAGGUGCCAUGGUAUGGACGGUGGACAUGGACGACUUCAACGGCACGGUCUGCGGCGGCGGCGUGCGCUACCCGCUGAUCGGGGCGAUGCGCGAGGAGCUGCGCGGCAUCUCCCGUGGCAGCAACAGCAAGGACGUCGACUGGAGCGCCGUCGCCAGCACCAUCACCGAGGUGGCCGUCAAGAAGCCCGAGCCCUACAAGAUCUCCGUCUCGGAGGUGCUCAGCAAGGCCAAGAAGCUCGGCAAGCCCUCGACGCAGCUGGUCGUCAGUUCGCCCACCGGCAGGCAGCGAGAGGCGCAAACGAUUUGCUACCUGACCAACUGGUCUCACAAGCGGCCCGGCGCCGGCAAGUUCAUGCCCGAGGACAUCGACGCCUCCCUCUGCACUCACGUCAUCUACGCCUUCGCCACGCUCAAGAAGCACCUGCUCUCCGAGAGCAGCGACAAGGACGCCGAGAUGUACGAAAAGCUGAUCGCGCUCCGCGAAAAGAAUCCCGACAUCAAGAUUCUCCUGGCUAUCGGUGGAUGGGCUUUCGGCUCGACUCCGUUCAAAGAGCUGACCAGCAACACUUUCCGCAUGAACCAAUUCGUGUACGAAGCCAUCGAUUUCCUGCGCGAAUACAAAUUCGACGGACUCGACGUCGACUGGGAGUAUCCACGGGGCGCCGAUGACCGCGCAGCUUACGUCAAUCUUUUGAAGGAACUGAGGGUUGCUUUCGAGGGAGAGGCCAAGAGCGCUGGACUGCCCAAGCUCAUUCUCUCCGCCGCCGUUCCCGCCAGCUUCGAGGCCAUUGCCGCAGGCUACGACGUGCCCGAGAUUUCUAAAUACUUGGACUUUAUAAAUGUCAUGACUUACGACUUUCACGGACAAUGGGAGAGGCAGGUCGGGCACAACAGUCCCCUGUACCCGCUGGAAAGUGCUACGAGCUACCAGAAGAAACUCACCGUGGAUUACAGUGCGCGCGAGUGGGUGAAACAGGGAGCGCCAAAGGAGAAGCUCAUGAUCGGCAUGCCGACCUACGGCAGAUCCUUCACACUCGUUGACAAGGCGAAAUUCGACAUCGGCGCGCCAGCUUCCGGCGGCGGCGCCGCUGGAAACUUCACGAACGAGCCGGGCUUCCUCUCCUACUACGAGGUAUGCACUUUCCUGAAUGAAGACAACACGACGCUGGUAUGGGACAGCGAGCAGCAGGUUCCCUUUGCCUACAGGGAUGAUCAGUGGGUCGGAUUCGACGAUGAGCGAAGUCUCGUCAACAAGAUGAACUGGCUGAAGGAGGAGGGAUUCGGAGGAAUCAUGAUCUGGUCGGUGGACAUGGACGAUUUCAAGGGAUCUUGCGGUAACAGCAAGUUUCCACUGAUCAAAGCAAUGAAGAAAGAACUGCAAGACUACACCGUCAAGCUCGAAUACGAAGGGCCAUACGAGACCAACGUGCGCGGCGGAAAGUACACCACCAAAGAUCCUAACGAGGUGACCUGCGAUGAGGAGGAUAACCACAUCUCGUACCACCCGGACAAGAACGACUGCACAAUGUACUACAUGUGCGAGGGCGAACGCAAGCAUCACAUGCCCUGCCCAGUGAACCUCGUCUUUAACCCGAACGAGAACGUUUGCGACUGGCCUGAGAACGUCGAGGGCUGCUUACAGCACACACAGGCCCCUCCCGUCUGAUUGGACUUCUGAAUAAUACUUUUCGUCGUUCAAGCAAUGUAGGGACGCCGUGAUGAAAAACGCGAAAAUUGCACACACGCGCGUACGCAAAAGGUUCUUCUGCCGAAGUGGUCCAUCGCGCGGUCGUUUUUUUAUACACGAAUCACUUAUAAUAGCACGUAUACGCACGCGACGGGCCACUUGGCCGAGUCGGAAAUGACGCACCAUAGGACGAAGAUGCGAAGCGACGUCGGAAUCUUGUGAGAUAAUUAGACUCGGCGCUCGUUUAUAUUACGUAUCCUCAUGAUUUCAUUUCGUUUCUUCUUCUUCUUCCAUGUAAACCAAUACUUUACUUUGAUCUUGCAUGAAUUAUCAACGCGAGCGUUGCGAAGAUUGCAUGGGCUUUAUAUAAUUUAUUGAAUUGAACGCAAAGUUUCGUAGUUAAAUGAGACGAGGAAUGUGUAUAGGAAAGACGGUGGGCAGACGCUUUAACGAAAGUCCGACUACAUCGCGGGAUACGACGCGCCGGUCAACGCGAGGCCAAUAAAGGUGUUCGAGUGAAUAGGUAUAGGUAAACGCAGAUAAUCCACUCAAUCAACUUCAUUCUAGUUCGCUUAAAUUUAUCGCAGCCCGUAUCAGAAUCGUAUUCACCAUGACGACCAUUGACGAGCUUUAUCAUUGUAAUCGAACCCAGAAGAACCGGAGCCCAGGCAGCUACCGCAGCACGGCGAGCAGCGUCACGAGCAGAAAGCCCGCGCCAGCGUACUCGCCUCCCGGUGCCGAGCUGAGCGCCGAGGCUUGGCAGGCGGUGUUGGGCGCACCAAGGUUAAGUAGGGCGCGGUCCGACGAGUAGAGCUGCGUCGUUUCGGUACAAACCGCCCUGCCAGCCAGGCUGCGCAACUGACGCGCGUCGGACUGCGAAGCUGUGUGGAUCUGGCGAGACUCGCGCAGCCAGCGUCGCAGCCACAACGACAGCCAGGCAAUCUCGCAGUCGCACUCGAGCGGAUUACCCGACAGCUGCAGUCCACCUGCGAACAUUAGACGGGCCGUUUCCGGGUCUUACGCAUAUAUAAGACAUUCAAUUAUGCAUCUAUUUUAUUUUAUUCUAAGCGAGCAACGGGACAAACGACCAUGCAACGCUCAUCGGGAAAACAGACACAAGCGGACACACAAAGCGCGUGCAAUUUUUAUUAAGGGAAAAAUACAAUUUUUCUAAUCGAAGCGAUGGAAUGAAGGACGUGGAUUGUGGUUAACUUGUUGCUUUCUGACAACGGCGUCUUAACGAUGGGGUUUCGUGCAAAUGUAAAAUUUGAUUAUGAUACUCUGAACGUAAUUAAGUUUCAAAAAGUUCAUUACGAAAAUUGUUACUAUAAAAUGACGUUAUUAAUUUUAGAACUUAUGCUUUAUACGGCUGUAUAGAUCACGUUUUGUUUUUCGGAUUAUGAUUCGCAUUUUGAAUUGUUCAACUGUACCAUUCGUCAUAAUCGACUUAAUCCUCGAAAAUGUUGACUAAGGAAACGUAUCUGAUAAUUUUAUCCCAGUUGAGCUCGUAAUAAAACGCUCAUAAUGGCGAAAGAACGAUUUUUUUUAUCACUCGUAUGUAGAAUUAAGAUUAUAAAUUAUGUUAAUUGGCGAGUUUAUAUAAAACGGGCAUUUGAGUGUCCAUUCGUAAUAUGUAAAGUAAACACGCGUUACCUGUAUAAUAGCUGAUUAUCAUUGUAAAAUAUAUUGAGGCGUAUUAAGUGUGUACGAAAACUCAUUUACGAAUUUUUUAAAACAACGACACUUCGUUACUGUAUCGUAGACAGAGAAACAGAAAGCUAUAUGUAUACGUAUCUAACGUAAAGCGUUUUGGAAUAAAAGGUAUGCGUACCCAUGAAA